UCACUUUCAGGAAGUUGCAGUCUGUUGCCGUGAGAGGAAAAAAAAAAACGUGCACUGAGUGGAAGAACUGAAACUGAGAUUAUGAUGUAUCAAAAUUCUUCUUCUGUAUAACAUUAUUCUUCUUAUUGAGUGUUGACAUGCUUUUAUAAGGACGCGUUAUUGUUAUUACUAGUUUGUUUGUGAUAAGGAACCAUUGAAUAACCAGCAAUAACUUGACAGGAAGUUUACUUUGCUCUCUUCAGUCAUUAGUGCGUGAGGAUUAUUCAUUCUGAAACUAUCUACAUGACAAUUUAACUCCAUGGCACCAAAGAAAUACAAACUACCCCAUCCACUUCCAGAAGGAUGCAUUUUAACAGAUUCAGAAAAGAAGAAUUGGCGCAUCGGCAAGAUCAUUGGAAAAGGUGGUUUUGGACUGAUUUACUUGGCUUCCCGGGAUGUGAAUAUCCCUGUUCGAGAUGACACUGAUUUUGUGAUCAAAGUGGAAUAUCAUGAAAAUGGACCUUUAUUCUCAGAAUUGAAAUUUUACCAACGAGCAGCAAAGCCAGAUACUAUGAUCAAGUGGAAGAAGUCUAAACAGCUGGAGUUUUUGGGGAUCCCAACUUACUGGGGGUCUGGACUGGCUGAAAAUAACGGGACAAGGUACAGGUUUAUGGUAAUGGAUCGGCUGGGCACAGACCUGCAAAAGGUGUUUAUGGAGAAUGGUGGACAACUGAGGAAGCCCACCGUGCUACAGUUGGGUGUCCUCAUGCUGGAUGUGCUGGAAUAUAUUCAUGACAAUGAGUACGUCCAUGCUGACAUUAAGGCUGCCAAUCUCUUAUUGGGACACAAAGAUCCAAGCAAGGUGUACUUGGCUGACUAUGGACUAUCAUACAGAUACUGUCCUAAUGGUGAGCAUAAAGAGUACAAAGAGAACCCCAAGAAAGGACACAAUGGCACCAUUGAGUAUACAAGCAUUGACGCUCACAAAGGAGUAGCCGCAUCCAGACGAGGAGACUUGGAGGUGUUGGGCUACUGCUUGCUUCACUGGCAGUGUGGAACUCUGCCCUGGCUCUCAUCUCUUAGGAACCCAGCUGAGGUCCAGGAGGCCAAGGCCAAGCUGAUGUCCAACCUUCCAGAUUCUGUCCUGAACAUGUCUGCGUCCAGCUCCAGCACGGAAAUAGCCAGCUUCCUGUCCAGCGUGAAAAACCUUGGCUACAAUGAAAAGCCAGACUACCGGGCCCUCAGAAAGGUUCUGUCAGCGGCCAGGCUGCAGGGUCCAUUGGACCUCUCCAGGCCAAGGGCGUUAGAGAUGACCAGGCCAACCACACAAAGGGCUGCAAGCCAACCCAAGACUACUGACAAAAAAACAGCCAGAUCUAAGCCUGUGGUGACAGCAGAGGAAGAUGAUGAGGAAGGGUUGGGCGGGUCAACACCCAACAAAGUCUGGAGCAAGACCAAACGAGAGACACACAAGCAGAGACCAAACAAAGCUGACAUUGCUGCAAAAAGAAGUGAUAGGCAAAAGUUUAUGCCUGAAGAAAGUGAUGAGAACCUCAGUGAUGAAGAUGAGCCCCUCCCUCCACGAGUUCAUCCUAGAACAAGAGCAGGAGCACGGCAGAGACAAGAACACGAACAAAUACAAUUUGCUCCAACAACACAGGAAAAGAGGAACGCGGAAGUUUAUGAGGGCAAGACCUGGAUGACCAUGAGGGGAAAACAAAACCGUCACUAUUUGAACCAGCAAAAACGCACUCAAACACUAAAUGAUGACUAUGCAGUACCCAGCAGUGAAGUCGACUACUGGAGGAACUACACCAGGAAACACAGCCGGCAUCAAAACCAAUGGGAGGAAACUUAUGAUGAUGAUGGAGACCGCUGGGGAAGUGAUGUUUGUGGAUUGGAAAAUGAAUGGACUCUGUACCAUCACAGAAAUGGCUUUGGAAAAUCAAAAAAUCAGAGUAAAUGGCCCAUUAAAAUAAUGUUGAUCUUCCUUCUUGUUAUGAUAUUGACUGUUGUUGGUUGUUGGUAUUAUCCUUACUGGAGCCGUAACGCCACAUGACCUUUGCUCUGAAGGAACAGACUCUUUUUAAGCGUUUCCUGUGACCAUUUUCACAGUGAUGGGCUGAAAGAAUGUAUGUAUAAAUCAAUCAGCAUUAAUUUUUUUUUUUUGCACUAUAAAUGUUUUAUUUGAAAUUAAAAUUUCUUUGUGCAUUUAAAUAAAGUUAUUUUCUUUGCUA